AUGGCAUACACUUCAAAGCAAAUAGGAUCAAAAUAUUCAUCUUCCUUUAAGGCAUACAUCCUCAAAGAUGGAAAAGUCGUAUCUCCAUUCCAUGAUAUUCCUUUGAUGGUUGAUGGAUCAUUUAACUAUGUUACUUGUAUUAAUGAAAUCUCCAGAUUUGAGCAUGGCAAAUUUGAAAUAUGUAAAGAGGCUUCAUUUAACCCAAUAUGCCAGGAUGUGAAGAAAGACAAGGUACGAUUUGUUAAGAAUGUCUUUCCUUCAUUUGGGUACCCUUUUAAUUAUGGUGCUCUGCCUCAGACAUGGGAGAACCCUAUGCUUGAGGACUCUGAAUGCAAGGCAAGAGGGGAUAACGAUCCUGUCGAUAUUGUGGAAAUUGGAUCUAAGGUAAAAAAGAUCGGUGAAGUAUAUCAGGGCAAGGUAUUGGGAGCGCUGGCGCUUCUUGACGACAACGAAGCUGAUUGGAAGAUAAUUGUAAUUGACUCCAAGGAUGAAAUGGCUGGAAAAGUAAACGACAUUGAGGAUGUUAGACAUCAUUUUCCAGGGUUACUCGAGUGGAUAUUUAAAUGGUUUAGAGACUAUAAAGUUCCAGAUGGAAAGCCCAAAAAUAUUUUUGCGUUUAAUGGAAAAUUUUUGAAUGCAAGGUUUGCCAAGGACGUUAUUAAAAAGACUCACGAAAGCUGGAAAAGUCUUAUUGUGGAAGGAUAUAAGAAAUAA